GGUACUUUGUAUCUCAACCUAGACUUUUCUACCAGAUGUCACCUUUGAUUUAAAAUCCUGCUCUAGACCUCUCCAGUUUAAAGCAUACAGAAUUAAUCAAUUGAUACUCGUCAAAAACGUAAAAUGGAUUGGAAAGAUCUCGCAGCAGCAAAACGCAGCGCCGUCAACGCACUCAUUCCAGAAGCAUGGAAAUUACCGACACCCAUCCCUUCAUCUUCGGAACAAAAGGAUGUCACUGGAAAAUACAUCCAACAAUUUCUCUCCCCCAAAGAGAUUGAAAUCACCGAAACUGAUGCAGUUGGAAUCGUGAAGAACACUACUACCGGGGCCUGGAAGGCCCAGGAAGUCAUUGAGGCAUUUUGCCAUUGUGCGGCACUUGCUCAUCAAUUAGUGAGUUUAGAAUUCCGGAUGAAGAUAUUGAUUCACAUUCUAAUUGAGGUAGUUGAACUGUCUUCAUGAGAUAUUUUUCGAUGCUGCUAUUGCAGAUGCUAAGAGAGCAGAUGAGUAUUUUGCGACUCAUGGAAAGCCACUAGGACCCCUUCAUGGUCUCCCAGUCAGCUUGAAAGACCAAUUUCAUGUGAAGGAUGUUGAAACGACAAUGGGUUAUGUUGGUGUAAGUCACUUCUUAUAUCCGAGCACUCAUAAUGAGCCGUUCCUCAAACGCACGUCCAAUUCCUAGUCGCUUACAUGAAUUGAUAUGCAAAUACAAUGCUAAAUCUCAACAGUGGAUAGGGACCUUCGAAGGCGUCAAAGGAACAGGCAAAGAAAAGACCUUCGAAAGCGAAAUGGUAAAAGAACUCCGCUCCCUAGGCGCAAUCCUCUUCUGCAAAACCAGCGUCCCACACACUCUCAUGUCCGGCGAAACAGUCAAUAACAUCAUCUCCUAUACCUGGAAUCCCAAAAAUCGGUAUCUCGCCUCAGGCGGAAGUUCCGGCGGAGAAGGCGCGCUCAUCGGUGUCAAAGGAAGCCCGGUAGGCUUCGGAACCGACAUUGGAGGCAGUAUUAGGAUUCCGGCGGCGUUUUGUGGAUUGUAUGGUUUGAGACCUAGUAGUGGACGACUUCCGUAUGAGGGCAUGGCGAAUAGUAUGGAUGGACAGAAUUCGAUUCUUUCGGUUGUUGGGCCGUUGGCUACUUCUGUGGGGGCUUUGAGGUUGGUGGUCAAGGGGAUUUUGAGUACGGAUCCUUGGUUGCAUGAUCCGCUUGUUGCGGAGAUUCCGUGGAGGGAUGAACAUGAGAAGGUGGUUCUUGAUAUUGUGAAGGAUGGGAGUGGUGGACAGUUGUGUUUUGGGAUCAUGAGGAAUGAUGGAGUAAUUCAUCCUCAGCCACCUCUGAAGAGAGCUCUUGAUAUUGUUGUCAAAACUAUUGAGAAACUUGGACAUAAGGUUAUUGAGGUAAGCAACAUAAGAUUCCCUCAGGUGUUAACAGAAGAUAUUUACCGAGGUGUAUAGUGGUCUCCUCCAUCUCACAAAGAAGGCUUGGAAGUAGCAGUAAGUAAUCCAAUCCCAUAUCAACCCAACUCUACUAACAGGUUUUAGUUCAAAACAUGGAUCUACGACGGGGCAGCAGACGGUAAAACCCCAUCCCCCACCAAGCACCUCACCCUAACACCUCAUAGUCCAAGCAGCCUUCGCCCUCUCGGGCGAACCAAUGGCAACCCAGAUCUCCUCCGUCUACGGCACAAGCCAACCCCAAUUCACAGCCUCCCAAAUCGCCGCAAACAACGUCGCCAAGCGGCAAUUCCAAAAGUCCUACAUGGAGUACUGGAACUCGACCGCAUCGCUCACCGGCACAGCACGACCAGUCGAUGCUGUGAUCUCCCCCGUCGCGCCGUUCCCGGCUGCGAGACCAGAUAUGUAUGAGUACUAUGGUAUGUCCCACAUUUCCAAGUUAGAGGCUGAGAUUUUGUUUUGGGCGGGAUAGGAAGAAGUUCUUGUAUAAAGAUGGUGAGAAGGCUAAGAGGGUGAUGCCAGGUUACACGACUUGGGUCAACUUACUGGAUUAUUCGACCGCAGUGCUGCCGGUCACGAUCUGUGAUAAGACGGUUGAUGUUAAGGAUACGGCGUUUAAGGGAUUUAGUGAUGAGGAUGAGAGGGUUAAUGAGGCUUGUGAGUUUUCCCGUUCUCGCUUUUGUGGAGACGUUGGAUGUAGAAAGUUGUAGGUAAGAUUACUGAUUUGAGAUAGAUGAUCCGGAACUAUAUGAUGGUGCACAUGUCGCCGUUCAAGUCGUUGGUCGCAAGUUUCAGGAGGAGAAAGUCCUUGCUCUUGCGGAGAUACUGGGGGAUGCUUUGGGGAAGCAUGUCGCUUAGGUUAUGGCAGGUAUUUCUGAGGAACAUAAAUACUGUGGUUUCUUGCUCUGUAGACGAAGAUAGUCUUUGGAGUACCAAGUACAUUCCUUUGAGAGACCAAAGAAGAUGAGGUUAGGUAAUGGGUCUACUAUUAUAGUAUUUAUAACCUAUAUUCUUCUCAUUCUAAAUCUGCUAAUCAGCUUGUUCUAUACCUUCGAAAGCUAUAACAAAAGUAUAUUAUAGAAUAGAUUAAUAUAUUUACUACUACC